CCCAAACACCUCACCCGCUUCACCUCGCUCUGGUCAUGCCCUCCGGCACGGCCUCAGCCUCUAGCGGGCGCUCCUCCACCGAUGACCAUACCGGAUUCACACGGUCGUCGUCCGCAACCACACCAGAUGACCCUACCAUUACUCAUCCUUACUUGCAGAAUACGGCCUAUGACGGCCACCCCGGACCGCCCCACACCCAGCCCACAGCACCGUCAUCGACGACGACUAUGCAUGUUCGUCGCGGACUCAGGUGGCGUAUGGCCUCGAUCUAGCCUCAAUGUCGACACCAAAGUCUGUGUCGGCGACACACUCCCGCGUCUCACACUCGGCGUCCUGGUCGCGGCACACUGUUGCGUACCGACCGAGCCAAGCCGGGCUCCAUGAAGCGGACCACGCUCUGGAGUCGCCCCACCUUGCCACGCCGACCAUCCCUUUCUCGACACAGGUCCUCUCCCUCGGCCGCGAGCCGUUUCUUAUGUCUGAGUUUGAUGAAAUCGAGGUUGUGGCCCGUGGCGGCUUUGGUGUUGUCUCCAAAGCCCGCCGCCGCGACGAGGUCUUUGCUAUCAAGUCGAUUCGCAUCGAGUCGGGCGCAGGCAGCUCGGCCUACGAUGACCUGCUCAACGAGCUCCGCGUCCUUGUUGCUGUCCAGCACCCGUACGUUCUCCGCAUCUUUGGUAUCUGCAUUCACGAUGACGAUGUCGGCAAGGCCAACCCGUCGUCGUUUGGCAUCGUCUCCGAGUACGCCUUUGGCGGCACGCUCUCGCGAUACAUACGCCACCCAGACGAGUACCUUCAGAACAGGACGCCGAUAAGGCUCGCACUUCUCGAGGCUCGAUGGCUUUUUCAGCUCGCCUGCGGCCUCGCUGAGAUCCACCGCGCGGCACUCGUUCAUCUUGACCUCAAGCCCGACAACGUGUUCCUCUCGUCCAAGGACGGCGAGUUUGGCGCUCAAGUCCGCAUCGGUGACCUUGGCUCGGCAACCCAGGACGCGUCGCGCUCGGCUCUGGAUGCCGGCCCGUGCGACGGCCUUGUCAACAUUACCAUGUCCUACUGCGCGCCCGAAGUCAUCGAGGACCCUAACAAUGUCUCGACCGCUGCGGACGUCUUCUCCUUUGGCAUCAUCGCCUACGAGCUCCUCACCAAGCGCCACGCCUUCUCGCACUCGUCCCGAAUCAAGAACUACUACAGGCUUCCAAACUGGGCCCCACUCAACGCGCUUGUCCGCGAUGUACCUAGCCUUGCUAGCAUCGUCUCGCUCGUCAAGGCUUGCUGCCUCCCCGAGCCGCACAACAGGCCCGAGACCGCACAAAUCGCGCUUGAUCUCUCCGCCGCAUACACCGCGCUUAUGGAUGCGUCGCUUGACAUGGCAGAAGACUUGUCUUCGGCGGGCACACCUGCUGCUUCACCAUCACCGCCGCUCGACCACUCUGAGGCCCAGCACUUUUGGUCGACCAUGAUCGCUCCGCUAGUGGCGCUCGACGCCGAUCGCGCUGCCCUCCCGAUCUCUUCGUUUGUCACCAUCCUCAACACAUUCGCUGCCGCCACCAACGCCGUUUGGGAGGGCACAGUCUCGGCGCGCCAGCUCCGUGCACUCUUUGGCACUGCUGUGACCAAGGCCAAGUUCAAUGAGCUUACCCGUGGAAACGGUCUUCUCGCCCUAUUUACCACCGUCGCUUUGACGUCGUCAUCAUCGUCGUCGUCAUCGUCGUCAAACGGACCAGGCGGCACCGACGCCGCACCCGGACCGAGUGGCCAACACAGCAAGGCCGAGACUUGCAGUGCCGUCACAGACUCGUCGAGCUCGUCGGACUCGACAACUCCCCUGACACUGUGGAUGGGCGAAGACUUUUCACUACAGGGCCUGCUCGGCGCUCGCGCCGCCGCCGGCUCGAUCGACAUAGUCUCGAUUGUCGACUCGCUCGCCGUUUCGCUCCGCGCUAUGGUCGCUAUUCUUCCCUUCUCGUCGUCGUCCAAGGCCCCACCGCUUGCCUACGCCUACAACCCCGAGGAUAGCUCGGCCCCGCCGCCACUCGCUCUUCACCUCUACAUCAUUGCCGAGUCGCUGCGCAGCAUCCCGCGCAGCAUUGUGUACUCGGCCAUCCCGGGUCUCACCAAGGCAUUUGCCCACACCGCACCGUCGACCUCGCUCGCCCAGGUCUUCCACCCUCUCAUCGAUGGCAAUGCCACUAUUCCGCCGACUCCCGAUGAGCUCGCCUCGCUGAUCUCUUCCCUCGCAGAUGUUCUCUCGGCCGAAGUCGCCCGCGGCAACGCCAACUCUGCCCUUGCCAUUCUCGCCUUUGUUGACAAGCUCGCUGCUAAGCUCGCCACCACCGGCCACGCUUCAGCCAAGGCGCUGCUCACUCGGCUAGACAACAUCGGCACCGCCGCUCGCCUCGUCGCCACACGCCAGCUUGAGCGGAUGCAAGCCGUCCGCAGCGCCGAUGCCAAGGCCCUCACCGGCACCGCGUUCCAAGCGCGGACCCUCGCGCUCGCUGCCCAAGACGCACGCUCUGUAUCGUCAGCCUCGGCUCUGCAAAUGGCUCUCGGCGAGGCACGUGCCUACCUUCGCUCACAGCCGCAGACCUGGGACUACUACUCGAUGGUCCGCUUCCAUCUCUCAUCAGCCUUCAGCGCCGCACAUGAGCUUAUCGAGUCGGGCAUGAUGGACGGGUCUAUCGUUGCACACUCUGCUCGCGCCAAGCCGACCAAACCGAGUACAAGCGGCGGUUCGGACACCGGCCCUGACUCCGAGUCUGGGUCAGACGCCGGAUCAAGCAGCCUGGGACUGACAGUUGGCGUUGACGCGCACUCUCUUGCCUCGUUGCGCGGCUCUGGCAGCAGGCUGCUGCCCACGCUUGUCUCGCCGUCACCACCUGCAUCGGCAUCGAGCGGCCAUCCUCCUCCUCACCAGCAUGGCAUGUCAUCGGGGCCCAUUUCGACAUCUUGCGAUACUACCAGCGCGAGCACGCUCGAGUUCUCGACAUCAUCGUCGUCCUCCGGCGUCGGAUUUCUCACCUCGGCCGUUGUUGGCCGAGCUAUGAAAGCCGCUGGCCCACUCACCUCGUCGCUUUCCUUCUUUGACUAUGUCAACAAGCUCCCAUCCAAGGCGGCACAGCAGGUGUGUUUUGCGCGCCUUGCCGCUGUCUCACCGAACCGCGCCGCCUUUAACGUUGUCGCGGAAGACGUGGCACGGAUACUGGCGCUCCGACAGGCCAAGGACCUUGUCAAGCUUGGCUCGACCACCGUGUCCUCGGGCAUUGUCUCGCGGUUUAAGACCUCAAUGGAGGAUGGUGGAACCAAAGUUGUCGAGUCGCCAGCGCGCAGGCUCGCCGCUCGCCACGCGUCGGCGAUGCUCCAGGCUGUGAUGGCUGGCGAGGUCGAGGCGGCCAAGUUUGGCGCGCCGACGCCUGACCCAGCUGUCAGUGGGUUUUGCGCGGCUGCUCCGUCUGCACCGGACGGCUCCCCACCGUUUACUGCCAGCCUCUCCCCGCGCGACCUUGCCGCCGUCAUUGUCAACUCAUCGUCGUCAGCCUCGUCGUCGGCGGCAUCUACCAACUCGGCCACAUCGGCGUCGCUUCUGGUCUGCCCCGCGGUCACCGGCCUUGCCAUCCUGCCGUCGCUCGAAUCGCUCUAUGCUGAGUCGGCAGUUGUGGCGCAGUCGCAGGCGGUCCAGUCACCAUACCAGCUGGCGGCGCUCGAGGUCUCGCUUCUCGAUGCCCUGGUACCGCGCGCGCUGAGUCACGCCUCCACGCUGCUUCCGCUCAAGCGCGCACUAGCCUCGUUCUCACGGGCGACUGCCGCCGACAACCCGUCGUUGAUCACGCGGGCGGCCGCGGCGGCCAUGGACUCGCUCUCUGCCGCAGACACAUUGCUUGCUGGACAAGUCCCGACCCGUGCUGGGGCCAUCUACGGCGCAGUCUACCAGCUGCUCGCACGCUCGCAAGUUGCGGACAACUUUUCGCUCUUGAGCAAGCUACAAGCAGCGGCGCUCCUCCGAUUUGACGUUGUCUGCCGCAUCUGCACCUCGCAGGCCUGGGUCCGCGGCGAGUUUAUGGCGCCGGCGCCACCGGGCACACUCACCGCGUCCGCGCUGCAAAAGCGACUGGCUGCCAUGCGGAGCGUCGCACUUGAGAACGUACUUGCUUCAGCGGAGCUGGGGCCGAUGGUGCCGACCGCGCCGCGCGAGCUGCGGGGCUUCCGGCUCCCGAAGCUGUUGAGCGCACUCGAAACGCUAGCUGCCGCGCAGCGCUCGCUUUUUUCCACCAUUGUCGUCUCGGCGCUGCACGUGCUCGGCGCGCCGCCGGUCGACUUUGCCUUUGUUGCCCUCGGCGCGUCUGCUGACUGCAUUCCGUCACUCUCCCCGACUCUCGAGUUCGCCUGUCUUGUCGACGACGACGCCGAGUAUGCGCGCGAGUUCUUUGUGGCGCUUGUGGCGUACAUCCGGCUCAAGAUGGUCCAGCUCGGCGAGACGCUAGCCCGUGAGUCGUCGGGCGACGGCCGCGGCGGCCUCACGGUUCCUGGCUCCAAGUCCGGCAUGGCGUCAGGCUUUGCGCUCUCAUCGUCGGGCGCAUCUCCGUUUGCAGGCGGCGUUCCAGACGCGUGGUACGGUACGCCCGAGGAGCUCAUUGCCCGGCUCCUGGAGGACGGAACUAGAACGAGUCCAGAAACGCUCUCCCGCGUUGUUUCGGCGAGCCACAUGUUUGCCAGCUCGCGCAAGGCGACGGCUUCGCUCCUCGCGCGCUACUACCGGGCGUUGCGAAAGGAGCUCUCGGCGCCGGUGGCGGACAUUCACACAGGCGUCGACGUGCAGGUGUCAAACCCACCGCUGGCGUUUGUCCUCGGCUCGCAGCUCUUUGCCGCUGUCAUCCGCGACGACAGGUACGCGCCGGCGUCGCCGUUUGAGCGCCACUUUGGUGUGACGGCGAGCAUGACCCAGGUUCCGUACCUAGCCAUGCUUGCGAUGACGACCAUUGUGUGCGAGCUCGGCCCGCGGAGCUUUGCAGAGAGGGUUGAUCGGCUUGUCGAUGUCUGCGCUGUGUCGGCGCGGCUGGGUAACGCCGCCAAGUCGCUGGUCUACACCGGCGUUGGCCUGCGCAUCCUGCUUCAGGCGUACAACGAGUCGGAGGAGGACAGCCUUGGUCCUGACGUGCUCACCUCGCGCGGCAUCAUUCUCCCAGACGUGCACAUUAGCUGCGUCGACAUGCUUCCGCUCCUGAUCAAGGCGCACAAGACGCUGGCCGUGCCGAUGUACGAGUCGCUCAAGUUGGCGCUGCCACGAAUGGUGAGCCUCGCUGGCUCAGUGGCGCUCACCGGGGUUGGCCUUGUGGCGGCGACGCCGGUCAAGUGGGCGAUGGACUCCUUCGCAGCCGUUGCGGUAGCGGCUGAUGCGGCCGUCAUCCGGCGCAAACUGAGCACGCUGGACAAUGCCUCGCUCCAGCGACUUGUCUCCAAGUCUGCGGCCGGCCAGACGCUUGCGGCCUGGCUUGCGUUGCCGACGCCUGGUCAGCUCGAGUGGGACCAGGCGAACAGUGCCGGGAUCGAGCUGAGAGAGGUGCGGCAAGCACUCCGGGCGCUUGUUCGGGCCUCGGGCCGCGAGCACGGCGAGAUCAGUCUCGCCAGUCACCGGCUUCUCACUUCGCUCUCGGGCUAUCUCGCGCAUCCGACGAGUGACGUGCUGGGCGCACCGAAGGUGUUUUAUUCGCCGCUCGGCGGUCCAUUGGUAGUGCCUGCUGCUGCGGCGCCCCACUUUGGACGGCCGGCCACGCUGCAGCAACUGAGUGACGUCCAGUUUUCGCGACGGGCUCUGCUGUACCUGCUCUCCGGCUCGCUACUGGGCGGGACCGCCGUCGAUGUAUUACUUGCGUGCGGGCAAUCCGGCGGCGAUGUCGGUGAUCUCUCCUUCCGUGUGGUCAACGAAGAGUCUGCCGCCGCGGUGCUGGAGAGCGAGACGGCGCGUGUGGUUAUGGCGUGUCUUCUUGAAUGCACACCGGACGGGCUUGUUUCGGGUGAGUCGCCAUGCCUCUUGCUCGACGGGGUGGUGGACGAAUCUGGGUGGGCGGCUGAGUUCGGCGCACGGCUGACGGCGUCGGCAGACGCCUCCGUGCUUAAGGACUUUGUGCGAUGCGGCGCGUUUGCAACACAGGCCUUGUCUGAGUCAGCAACGCGAGCGGUGCACUACGUGGAGCAGUUUCUAGAGGACUUGGUCGAGACCGCAGCGCAGUUUAAUGCUGCAGUCUACUUUCGGGAGCAGCUGGCGUGUGCCGAGCUCGAGGCUCAGGUCGGCGAGGCGCUUUCCAUGUUGAUGAAUCGCGAGGGCAUUAGGCGGCUGGCUGUCACGCUCCUUGCCAUGCACGAGGCGGCGCGGCGGAGCCUUGACGCAGAGAGCCAGAAACAGAGUGGUGGCGAUGGUGUCGCGUCGGCGAGGCGGCUUGGCCUCGGAACGCUGGUAGGCCACUUUAAUGCGGCUGUCACGUCGGCGCUGCCGCCGCUGGCUGGUGUGCCAGUCUCCGCGCGAGGCGUGUCGGAUCCAGGAACAUGGGACGAUGGCCAUUGCGUACCAAUGGAAGCAGUUCACCCGCUCUCUGCGCUUGCAGCCCUGCCAAAAAUGCCAUCGGUGCUGGAGCCUGGCAGCAACGCUGAGGACAUGGCUGAGUCUGUGUUCAGCCUGAUCUCGUCGUACUCUCUCCCUGCCUACCUCGGCCCGCUAACGGUUGCGCUUGUGGGGCUGGACAUGGUGACGGACAAAAUGGUCCAGCGCCUUGUCGGUGCGGCGCACUGCCUUGCAGUGCUUGUGGUCGACGAUUGUCCACUGGUGAGCGACUUGAGUGGCCUUGUGGGUGCAUCGGUUGAUUCGAUGCUGCAGAUCCUCAUCCUGAGUCGGAGCAUGGCCAUCGAGACCUCGUGCGAGGCACCGCCGCUGACUUGGAGCGGCCGGCCGAUGGCCGGGCCGUGUCUGGAGACGAUUGCGACAACGUCGGCUCAAGUAGCGGCGGCGGCAUCAACCGCGCUGGGAUUGUCCUCGUCGUCGGGAGACGAGGAGGCGCGCGGGUCCGGGCGGACACGGCGGCGUCGCAAGCGGAUGCACAAGUCUUCGCGGCGGACAGUCUCACACGAAGCCAGGGAGUGGGGAGAGACGAACCGGGUGCGGGUCGAGGUUGUGCCCCGCGGCGAGUCCGGUGUGGCUUACCUCCAGCGGACGCAAUCGGCUGCAGUGUGCGAGGUGAGGCACGCGACGGUAAGCGUGCGGAAUGUGGUUGACGCGGCGCUGACAAGCGCAGAGUGUUCGAUGCGGUUCUGGUCCGAUUGCAUGGCCGACGGAUAUGUAGCAGCGCGUGUGGAGGAUCUCGCUCAUCUACAAGUGCUCAACGAGACCGAUCCUUGGUCGCGGGUGGUGGCGCGGAUAGCGUCGUCUCGGUUGGUCGGCUCCGCAGACCGACUCACCUUUGAGCCGACGAUGGCGUUUGACGUCGGCGAUGUGGACCGUUACGGUGGCGAGGGCGCGCUGGCCUCGCUGCGAUUCGAGGCACCGCAGCUCUCGGCAAGCGGGCGGUCACAGAGUGCAUGGAAGACACAGACCCGAAAACUGCUCACCAACAUUACCGAGCGGAUCUCGAAUGUGCUCGACACAAUCGAGGAGGUGUACUCGGAGAGCUCAGACUCCGAGGCCGAGGCUGUGGCCAACGCUGGCGAGCUUGCAGAGGAGCUGCGGGUUGUGGGUGAUGCCAUUGAUGUCCGGCGCGACGAGCUUGACGUUGAAGGUGCGGUGACGUUGCGAGCGGCAACGAGUCACAAAGAGCGCAAGCAGCUGCGGCGGCUGGGCAAGGUGACUGAGAGUCUACAGCAGCUGCUCCAGUCGCGGGCGACCAAGGAGGGCGACGGCAUGGGCAUCUCGAGCCAUGCAGCAAGCCGGAUGGCGCAGCUCGACGAGCGAGCGGCGCAGGCGGUGAGCAAGCUCUCGUCAGGCAUCGUGUCGCAACUUCCCACUGGUCUUGACUGGGCAGCGCCGUCGCAGGCGUCAGCGCCGGCGCUCCGGGCUGCCACCCGCGAGCUCCGCGGCCUCGUUGAUGGCGACGGCGGAGCUGAAGACGACUCACAAUUCCAGGCGCUGCAAGUCCAGGCCGCACGUCUCGAGGCGCAUCUGGCGGGCGUGCUCGAGGACGAGACCAAAUGCGCCCUCCGAAUGCAGGAGCUCCAGUGUGCGCUAGAGAGCGUGCAGGAGUUGGUGCAGACUGCUCUCGACCUCGUCCCUCACGACUUUGCGCCGCUGACGACGAUGAGGCGGCAAGUUGUGCGCGUGCUGGCCAUGGUCAAGCGUGGCGACGACAUCGCCCGCAUUAGGCGUGUGGCCGCUGGAAUCGGUACCUCUGCUAGUGUCGUUGUCGCCAUGGUGGAGCAGUGAAGAUGACAGGCAUGUG